CACACCCACAGCAUGUCUCUGUCUUCCUAUCCGUUAUUUUUAUGUCUCACGGGGACUUGGUGAUGGCUUCACUUCUUCUCUUUCGACUCUCGCUGUACUCUUGUAUGGUGAACUACAUAGAGGUUGAAGGUCGGUCUCGGAUGAUUGGUUCAUCUCAACAGAUCGUCAGCGCUCUGGGUGAGGACGUCAUCCUGCCGUGUCAUGUGGAGCCUCAGCUCAACGUGGAGAACCUGACCGUAGAGUGGUGGAAACCUGACAAGCAGUUUGAUCCUGAAGACCCACUGAUCAACUACAGGUAUGUUCACGUAUACAAUGAAAACCGCGAUGAAGAGGACAUGAAGAUGUUACGGUACAAAGGGAGAACGGCGCUGAACAAAGACGGCCUGAAACACGGAGACAUUUCCCUCAAGAUCAUGAACGUGAGGCAGUCUGACCAAGGAAGAUACAGAUGUGAAAUCCCACAGUUGGCGAGUCCUCCGGAUAUUAUGCUUGUUGUUGUUAAAUCCUGGACAACAGAGACGCCGCUGGCUCCAACAGUAAACCACCAAACUCCAGAUCCAAAUGAUGGAUCGGAUGUUGAAGGUGAUGGAACGGUUGUUAAAGGUGGUUGGAUCGAUCUGAUCGUAAUGAUCUCGUUUCUGGUCCUGAUCCUGGGAGUCGCUGGAUAUUUACUCAGACACGAGUUGUACGGAGUAUGUCGUCGCCUCAACCGAACCUCUUCCAGUCUGGGUUCCUUCCCCAGAGUUACGUUUAAUGGAGCGCAGCGCGUCCCAGCCAGCCACAAGUGGACCGACCGGAUCAGCAGCAUAACGGAUACAGAUCGCUGUCGGGAUGUUCCAACAUAUGGGCAGCACGGUGGACAACUGCUGCAUGAUUGGAACAGGCCGUUAUCAGAUAAGACAGGUGAUGUUUCCUUUUUUUCUCAGGAGACACGCUCUGCCUCAUGGUACAUGAGAGAGGAUCUGAGUUGA